GGGAGUGGGAGGCUUGGGAAGGGAAGGUGUCGCGCAUGCGCGCCUGCAGGAGCCGCUGGACCCGCCAGCGGGAGGAUGCUGCGGAGGAAGCCGACCCGGCUGGAGCUGAAGCUGGACGACAUCGAGGAGUUCGAGGGGGCCCGCAAGGAGCUGGAGACACAUAAAAAGCAGCGCGAAGAGGUCGAGAUGGUGGCGACCAAUGACGGUGAAGGGGCCCUGGCCUUGAACCCCGAUCACAAGAGUUGGGAGCAGGUGAUUCACGACCGGAUCGGCUACAAACCUCAGCCUAAACCCAGCAACCGUUCGUCACAGUUUGGGAAUUUCGAAUUCUAGAGCGAUGGAGCGGUAUUUGUCCGCGAAGCACGCUUAGGGGAGAUUAUGACAAGCUGAUUUACGAUGAGGACAGAUGGAGCCGUGAGGAUUUUUAUCCCUCCGGAAGAUAAAAAGACUUUUCUAUUCUCUAAAGAA